AUGGGAAUGGAUGAUGAUUUGGAGAUUUCAAUGACGAUGAUUAAAAAUCAAAAUCAAACAUUUGCUUCUGGAAUUCGCGAAAAUACUGCAAUAGAAGGAGAUGGAAAGAAGAAUACAACGAAUAUUAUCACUUCGUUUACUUCUACAACUAUUCCUAAUAGUAGUGAUAGCAGUAGAAGUUGUAAUUUAAGUCAAACUGGUAACAGUAAUAUUGGUGAUAAUAAUAGCAAUAAUAGUGACAAAUCUUCAUAUAGUUUCGAUUCAGGGCGGAAGACGAGAGAAUUAUUAAUUGAAGAUUAUCUGAGAACUCUUCAAGAAGUUGUAAUUACUUCUCUCACCAAUAGUUAUCGUGGUCUUGCCCAGUACUGUGAAUUGCUUGGUGAUUGGUUAUCUGAUUUGGAAGGUGACCGGAGAAUUGUUCAUGAAUGUUUCGAAAAAAGUUUAAGCUCAUUGCUUGAAAAACGUUUCGUGGCUGAGGUUGUCGAUAGAAAUUUUGAUGCAGUAGGCGAUGUUGAUAAAUGGUUACCAGAAUUACUGAAACAUAGUAAAUGGCGUAAUUUAAUUUACACACUGAUCGAACAAAAUCCUCGAUCGAGAUUUUUAACGAAAGCAAUUCGAAUAAUAUCAGAUGCCGGUUUUCAACAUGAAAUUACAAAUGUUCAUUUAGCUGCGCAACAGUUUGAAAUUUGUUGUCGUAUGGUUAUUACUGCAAUUGAUGACUUUUUUGCGGAGCAUAAAAAAGGCCCAAUGACGGAUGUUUAUGAAAAGGCUUUUGCGAAAUUAACUCAGAUAGUUUGUUAUAGCGAGCAUACUUAUUUGCUCACGCAAGUUCUUUUGUAUGAAACUAUCAAAGAGGAAAAUAAUGAAGUAGCAGCAGCUUGCACAUAUUUGUCACAAAUAUUGCGUCGUGAAGCACAUAAACGUAACUAUCAAGAUUCAUAUGAUAUUCAUAUUGCAUUAAAUAGAGGAUAUAAUGAUUGUGGUAAUAGUGUGAAGCAAAUCAUAUAUGCAGUGCUUAGCAAGAAAUGUCUAAAUCAAGCUGAUAUUAUUCGUCUCUAUGAACGAUACAAUUCAUCUGAACCACCAGUUAUUGAAUUUAUUCAAGAUCCAUUUUUUAUCGAUAUGCUUAUCGAUGCAUUACUUGCAUAUGAAGGAUGUAAGGUCCAAUUAAGUCAUCGAUCGAAAUACAUCUUUUUAUUAUCUUAUGCUUCUUGUUGUAGUACUUCAAAUGAUACGAAUAUGGAAAAAGAAAACGAAGGGAUGGAGCGGACAGAAUACAUUAUGGAAAAGAUUUUGGAUAGUAUAAGAUCGGAACGCGAGUUUUUAAAAGAUAUCCGUUUGCUACUCAGUGGUAUAUAA